AUCGAUAGUUUCGUCCAUUACGAAAACAAAUCAAUACACACGUGAGCUUCUUUUUAGCAUGUUUGUAUUUGGAAUUUAAUUUGGAAAUAAAUUGUUUCAAAGAAUUCAAAGAAAAUGACUUCUUCGGGUCUAGAAUUUUCGACCAAAGGUCUGCAAAGUGUUUGUCCUACCGGUAUUGAUAGUUUUGAUGAUCUAAUCGGUGGUGGAUUUGCUCUCACUUCUGUCAACAUUAUUGAAGAAGAUCAAUUUCGUAUGUAUAGCUCGAUGUUGGUUAAAGCAUAUCUAUCAUCCGCAAUCUAUGCCGAGCAAGAAAUUCUUAUAUUUUCACCUAUAAUCACUAAUGAUAAAUGUCGUUUUAUUCGUGAAUUACCUUCGUUGACUAAAGAUGAUCCAUUACAAAGUGGUAAUGGUAUCAGUCCGGCCAAAGAUUUUACCAAAAUGAAAAUUGCCUUUCGAUAUUCAAAUAUUCCUUCACGAUUCGAUCCGAAUAUUGAACAAAAACGAUUUGAUUUUGGCCAAUAUAUUGAUACUAAUCUGUUGAAUAAAUCAUCCAUUAAAUUCUAUGAUCAUUCAGAAUUAAUACCAAUAUUGAAGGAAAAAUGUCAUGAACAAAAAUCCGAUAAAGUAUGUCGAAUAUUUAUCGAUCAAUUAGGCUCACCAUAUAGUUCUAUCGAAAUAAAUCAAUUACCACGAAUAAUGUAUCAAUUGAAAUCAAUAAUGAGACGUUUGACAAAAUCAGUGUCAAUUAUAACGAUAGUAACUGCAUCUGAUCUACAUUAUGAUCUUAUCGAUGAUCAUUCCAUUCGACAAAAACUUUAUUUUACAUCAGAUUCGGCUAUUCGUUUUACAACUUUUGCCGAUGAUGAUGAAUCGAAUCCAUAUCGACAAGAUUAUGUUGGUCUUGUACAGCUUUUACGCUUACCUCAACUCAAUUCUCUAGCACCAUACAAUCCAAACCUUGUGACCAUUGAAUAUGGAAUAAAAUUACAUCAAACAAAACGAUUUUUAUCAAUCGAACCAUUAGCAUUACCACCUGAUCUAGGUGAAACGGUCAAUCGUUUUACAAGUUCUAAUCAAGCAGCCGAUAAACUUCAUUGUACAGCAACUAAACAAACUGAUUUUUAAAUUUUGUUUAAUUUGAAUUUCAAAAUAAUAAUAAUAAUGAUAAUAUGAAAAUAUUAAA